CCCAUCGCUUAAACAUGAAAUGAAAGACUUCUUGUUGCAACGGACAUUGAACAUCCGGGUGGCGAACCAUAAUGAAAUCUUUUAUCCACAAAAUACUUGACCCAAAUAUUUGGAUGACCAUCAUCGGACGUUUCUACCGAUUGAUGUCUGUGUACCAAUUAACAAGCUGAAUGGUAUUGCGUAUGCACUAUUGUAUGUUCUAUCAUACAUGACACCGUAAACCCAUGGAAGCUGAAACAAACUAAGCUUUAGCUUCAAACCUUCUGAAAUGGUAUAGACCAGCCCCAUAGUCUUGUGUUUGAUGCAACAGAACCAUAUUUUACAGUUAAAGUUGCACAGGCGCUAUGCUUUGAAUUGUUCCAGCGGGCAUCUCGUAAUUUGCGGGCCGCCUCCGCCUCCGCCUUUUUCUGACUCACCAUAUAAAAAAUCAAAAUCCUGGGGAAAAUUUAUAGAACGUCUAGAAUAACAAUCCGCCUUCCUCGGAUAUGGCAACUUUUGAUAACGCACAUUUUUCUCCAAUCGGCAGCCGUCGCUUGGAAACCAAGGAAGACCUCCAAGAUGCCUUCAAAGCCACGUUUGAACCUCUUUUACCCGCCUUUUCUUCCGGAGCUGCAAGAGUAAGAGUGGAACAAGGUGGAGCUCAUUUUGACGAUGCUGCCGCUGACCUGGAAGGAUUUGCAAGACCACUUUGGGGAAUCGUACCUUUCGUUGCAGGCGGUGGUAAAUUUGAACACUGGGAUCUUUACCAUAGAGGAUUGACAAACGGCACAGAUCCAGAUCAUCCAGAAUACUGGGGUACUGUGGGAGACAGAGAUCAACGUCAAGUUGAACUAGCUGCCAUUGGUUUUGCCAUGGCCUUGAUCCCAGAACAGUUUUGGGAACCCCUUUCCGAGAAGGCCAAAGAAAACAUGAUCCAAUAUCUUAGACAUGGCCGUGACAAGGACUAUCCCAUCUGCAACUGGCGGUUUUUCCGUGUUUUGGUGGAUCUAGGACUGAAAAAGGUUGGCGCACAGUACGAUGUUAAGAUGACAGAGGAAUACUUGGAUGAUGUGGAUUCAUAUUAUCUUGGAGAAGGCUAUUACGGAGAUGGUUUCGAAAAGUAUAAGAUGGACUAUUACAAUCCUUGGGCCUUUCACUUUUACGGCCUAAUCUACGCCAAAGUUUGCCCGGAAGACUCAGAACGUCAAAAGAGAUACAAAGAGCGCACAAGGGUCUUUGCCGAGCAGUUCCAACACUGGUUUGCUGAUGAUGGAUCAUGCAUCCCAUUUGGCAGAAGUCUCGUCUAUAGAUUUGCUUGUGGUUCAUAUUGGGCCGCCCUGGCUUUCGCUGAUGAAGAAGCUCUUCCGUGGGGCGUCAUCAAAGGUCUAUAUAUGCGCCACAUGAGAUGGUGGACAAAGCAACCAAUCUCUCGUCUAAACUCUGGAGUGUUGUCGCUUGGUUACGCAUAUCCUAACUCGUUCGUAUGUGAAAACUACAACUCACCUCAAUCACCUUACUGGGCAAUGAAAGCUUUCCUUCCACUUGCACUACCCUCGACUCAUCCUUUCUGGACAGCACAGGAGCUUCCUGCCAGCUCUGCUCCCGCUAACCUGCCUAUACCCGGAAUGGUAAUCUCGCAUUAUCCCCAGAAUACUGUCGCUUUAAUGUCCGGUCCACAGCACUUUAGAGACACCGUCCGAUUCCAAGCUGAGAAAUACUGCAAAUUCGCCUACAGCACGAGAUAUGGCUUUAGUAUUGAUGCCAAUGCAAAGAACUUUAACAGUGCUUCUUUCGACAGCAUGAUUGGCUUUUCCGAGGAUGGCAUCCAUUUUAGAAUCCGUGAGUCAACCAAAGCAAGAAUUCAUGAAGACAGACUUUACUCUACGUGGUCCCCUUGGGAAGAUGUAUCAAUUGAAACCUGGUUGAUUCCUCAAGGAAAAUGGCAUAUUCGAGUUCAUCGUAUUGAAAGUGGACGUCGCUUGGACUCUAUGGAAGGCGGUUUUGCAAUUUCCAAGACAGAUGCUGCUGGCAACAUUACCAAACUGGAGAUGCCCGACAGGUCGUAUGCCGCAAAUGCUGAAGAUUUUAGUGGAAUGGUUAAUCUGAGCGCCAACCGUAAGGCACGAAUUCACGUCCCUGAAUCGAAUUCCAACCUAAUGGCACAGAAAACUAUUCUUCCUCAACUAUUGGGUGAGAUUGCUGCUGGCUCAACGACGCUUUUCGGUUGUGCAGUUUUGGCCAUGCCAGACACUCAAAUAGUCAACAGCGAUUGGAAAGCUGUCCCUGAAUUGCCUUCUGAAGAAGAGUUGGAAGCAAUCAAAAAAUUGUCUAAGCCUGUCUUUGGUGAAUAGCUGGAUACUUUUAUUGAAGUGUCAUUGCAUGUAUAAUAAAACAUUAACAAG